AUGUUUUUCUCUACUUCAAGGACAACUAAAAUCAGGAACGAAAUCUCCGGAUUUCAACAAAAAGGUCUAGAGAGCUUCAGUGAAGCAUGGGAGAGGUUCAAGGGUUAUUGGUCUCAAUGCCCUCAUCAUGGUUUCAGCAAGGAGAGCUUGCUUAGCACCUUCUAUAGAGGAGCCUUACCACAGUGCAGAAACAGGCUUGAUACUGCCAGCAAUGGUUUCUUCUUGUGGAGAACUGAAGAAGAAGCAGAGGAACUGGUGGAGAACAUGGCUAAGAGCGACUCAGUCUACAGCGAGGAGCAUGAUAGGGUCAACAGAAAUGAUGAUCAACAGACAAAGAGAGAGAUCAAGUCCCUGCAGGAGAAGAUGAACUUGCUUCUUUUUAACCAAGCUAAACAAGAGCAGGUCAACUUUGUGGGUGGUCCUAUUCAAGAGAUUCCUCCCAAGAUUAAUGAGGUUGAUGGUUUGGAAGGACAAGAAGACCUGUGCUUCAUCAACAACAAUGGUUCUUGGUACAGAAAGGAACCUAACUUUCAGUACAACAACUACCAGCAAAAGUCCUACUCAAACAACCAGCAAGGAGGAUACCAGCAGAGGCAAAACACUCAGCAAGGGAGCUAUCAGCCUAGGCAAAACACCCCUCCUGGUUUCAACAAUAUCAACAAUCAGUCUACUCAAGCUCAAGGAAGUUCUUCACAGGCUCCAGCUUCAGAUACAAGUGUGGAUGCAAUGUUCAAGAAACUUUUGGAUUUUCAGGCCAAGAAUGAGAAGACAAUGGGUUAUGAGUUCACGAAAAUUCACUCCAAGAUUGAUGGAAGUUACAAUGAGCUCAACAACAAGAUCCGCCAUUUGGAGAAUCAGUUUGCUUCAAUGAACUCUCAGCCAAGUCACCAACAAGGG